AUGGAGCCGCCAUAUAAAGAACGCUAUGAGGCACUCUUGGACUGGGCUCAUAAUCACGGAGCAAGUUUGCACCCUUCGGUAGAGAUCUACCAGGACGAAAAGACGGGGUUUUCUCUUCGCGUCAAGCCAUCGGCUGCCGAAUCGCUACACUCACCUUUCAAGGCCGUCACCUGCCCGACCUCCAUCACACUUUCUUACCUCAACGCCCUCACUGACGGACCCAUUACGCCGUAUUUAACGCCACCAGCUCUCGACACUCAAAAACACGCAUUUCCAGAGCGUUUCAUGAACUCCCUCCCGCCACAUGUCAUCGGUCGCUUCUAUCUGAUCCAGCAGUACCUCAAGGGCAAAUCCUCCCUUUGGGCACCCUACAUCUCCACUUUGACCGACCCCAGUCAGCUCGACAAGUGGGCACUGCCUCCCUUCUGGACCGAGCAUGACAUCGAGCUGCUUAGGGGCACCAACGCCUACGUCGCCAUCCAGGAGAUCCAGGAUAACGUCAAGUCCGAGUACAAACAGGCCCGCAAGAUCCUCAAGCAGGAAGGAUCCCCCGACUACCGCGCCUACACUCAGGUCCUCUACAACUGGGCCUACUGCAUGUUCACCAGCCGCAGUUUCAGGCCUUCAUUGAUCCUCUCCGAGUCCGCGAGGGAGUACGUCGAACGGCUGCUGCCGGAGGGAGCAAAGAUCGACGACUUCUCCAUCCUGCAACCGCUGUAUGAUAUUGGGAAUCACUCCCCCGAGGCCGAGUAUUCAUGGAAUCUCACUUCGGAGCCGAGCGCGUGCGAGCUGAUCUGCCGGAAUAGCUAUGAGCCGGGUCAGCAGGUUUUCAACAACUACGGGAAGAAAACGAACAGCGAGUUGUUGCUGGGCUAUGGCUUCGUCACCGAGAACAAUGAUUACAUCCAUGUGCGGAAGAGACAACAACAACAACAACAACAACAACAACAACAGGGCGAUACUACUCAGGACAAGGGCGGCAAGCCACAGGACUUCUUGAUCGCUCGCGACUCCUACUGGAAGCCCGACAGCUGUUCUUUCAAGAGUCGCAUGGGAGACUUUACUCCCAACUUGCUACAUUACCAGUUCGAAAACUGGGAUGGCAGGCUCCUCAAUGAUAUGGUGUCCAUGAUGGCUAACCCAAAGCAGUGGGAGUUGUUCCAGGCGUUGCCGACAGACCGCACCCUCCAUGGCAGCAAUGGCUCUCUUGAGGAGGAGCUGGACCCGUUGGUGGAUAUGCUAAAGGCUACGUUGGCGCAGAAAAUCGAGAGGGACUUUGUCGAGUUCUCGUGCGGAGAGCCAAAUGGGGGACAGGAAUGGGAACCGGAAACAGAGCGACAGGACUUGGUCAAGAGGUACAGAAGUGGCUAUGAGAAGGUGUUUGUGAACGUGCUGAGGGCAUUUGGUUAUACCGAUGAUGAGAUAGAGGAGCUCAAGGCGGCAGCGCUGGAGGCGGAGGGAGACGAAGACGAGGAUGAGGAGAUGGAGGAUGGGAACUGA